AUGGCAAACUCAUCCCCGUCCCCGUCUUUAUCCCCACAACGGCCGACCACCUCCGAAGCCAGGCCGGCGCUACAACCACAACAGCAACAGCAACAGCAACAGCAACAGCAACACCAACACCAUCAUCACCCCCAUCAGCAGCAGCAACAUGAUCAUCAGAACCAGGCUCAGGGCCAGCAGAACCAACAGCAGCAGCAGCAGCAGCAGCAGCAGCAGCAGCAGCAGCAGCAGCAGCAGCAGACUGUCAAGAAGGCCUGUGACAACUGCCGCCUGCGGAAGACAAAGUGUGACCUGACCAACCCGUGCACCAACUGUGCCUCGCGUGGCUUCGAAUGCACAUAUGCCACCCCCCAUCGCAAGAGGGGCCCUGCUGGACGCCGUCUCAAUGAGAUCCGGGAGCGCGAGCAGAAGCGAAUCCGAAACGCCGAGUCAACCUCCGUGGCCUCGUCCUUCUCGCCCUCGGCCCCUGUCCUGUCCGUCUCCAACCAUGAAGCGAACGAUGCAAGUCCCGGAAACACCCGUGGCAUGCCCCAGCAGAACCUCCAGCAGCAGCAGCAGCAGCAGCAGCAGCAAGACCAGUUCAUGUUUGGCGCUGAUUCCUCGGGCCUGCCAGGUGCUGCCGACCAGGUCUCAGGGCUGACCCCGUCAUGGGACGGCAUGCUUGCCUCGUUUGGGCCCGCCUCGGCCUCGCUCGCCGGCCCGGCCCCCUCUGACUCCCCGGACGGCCGCGCCGGGAGCGCCGCCUCCAACACGUUUGACGACCUCGUCUUCUCGCUGCGCCAGUCCCAGUACAACAACCACUCCCUUAGCAACGUCGCCGGACACCCCCCGAUCCCCCACGCAUCGCCGGCCAGCAGCAGCAAUGUCCUCUCGGUGCCCUCCAGCGGCUGGCCGGCCGUCAUCACCGACGAGAACCUCAUCCGCUGGCUCGACAUCUACUUUGAGCGCCUCUACCCGACCCUGCCCAUCCUCAAGCGCUCCUCCGUCUUUGCCCGCCUCCUCGCCCAGGAGCACCGCACCAACCCGGACUUUGGCGCCAUGCUCCUCUCCCUCUCCGCCUUUGGCCUCAUCCAGCCCGUCCGCGUCAGCGAGCAGCGCUCCGCCUCGUCCUCGUCGCGCCAGCAGAUGGUCGACCUCCUGCUCAUGGAGGCCGUGCGCAUGCGCACCGUCGUCGACUUUGGCCAGUCCCCGACCAUGGACAUGAUCUUCACCUCCGUCUUCCUGUUUGCCUGCCUCUUCCAGAAGGGCCAGCACAACGCCGCCUGGCUGAGGAUGAGGGAGGCUGUCGAGCUGGGCUGCAUCUUCGGCCUGGACAAGUUCGACUGCUACCUGAACUGCUCGCCCGAGCAGAAGCAGCAGCGGCUACGGGUUUACUACCUGCUGUCCGUGACAGAAAGAGCAUACGGGCUGCAGCGCCACCACUCUGUCGGCUUCGUGGGCGAGCCCAGCGCCUCGACGCAGUCCCUGCUCGAGUCCAUCUCGGGCGUGGCCGACAGCGCUGAUUCCUCCGGCAUCGUCAUCCAGGACGACGCCGAGGCAGCUGGCAUGCUGGGGCUUCUACUCCUCAUGAGGCUCUUCGACCCGAUAAACGAGGACUUCCUACGCUGCUGGAACGGUCACUGCAAGAGUGACAUGGGCGGCUGCCGCUUCCUCAACGAGCGGACCGCCGUCAUGAUAUACGACCAGAUCGACCGUCACGACCUUGAAGGGAAGAGCUCGUCGACAGCCGCGGCGGCGGCAGCAGCAGCAGCAGCAGCAUCAGCAGCAGCAUCAGCAUCAGCCAUGAAGGUACCGCAGUCGGUGGCAGCGUCCUCCGCAGCGAGCCACGCGCAGAUGGCGGCGGCUGAGCGGCCACCGCCGCCCGUCCCGUCAUGGCUCUCCGCGGCAGCUGCGACCUCAUCCCAGCAGGCUGACAUCCUGGUGAACCAGCAGUGGCUGCUGAACCGCCUCUGGCACUUGUGUCUUUCACAUAAACUCCUCGUGCCCCAGUCAGGGCACGCGGCACUCUCCAUCUACAACGCCGUGUCGAUAGCCGAGAACACGCUGAGGAUCUGUCAGACGACGCCGCUGGCGAGCAUCGAGGUGCACGGCAUCGGCAUGAUCGAGAAGCUCUACACCAUCGUGGAGAGCGCCAUCGCCGCGAUCCAGUACUGGGAGGCAGCCGAGGACGGGCAGGUCGGGACGGAUGGUGUUGGGGGCGCGGGCGGGAACCACGGCGUCGGCGGCUCGCGGCAGCACCACGCACACAACAUACACCACCGCAAGCCGCUGCUCAAGGGCUACCUGGAGCUGUUCAAGACCAUACGGGCGGGACAGCAUGUGUUCCUGACCAAGUACAACGCGCUGGUGGGCCAGGAGCUAGGCCUGAUUCUCGAAUAA